CCUUAAAUGCACGUAUGCAUUUCUUGAUGCUUGCUUCCUUAAUAAUAUAUGCCUAUAAAAAACAUCCCUUCCUUACUUCUCCCACCCAAUAUUCUCUCUAAAUUACCAAAUGCGACAACCGCCGGCGCCACCAGUUUCUUCCGGCGAACCGCCGCGAAUGUCUUCCACUUCAAACUCAACCUGUAGUCCCAACAUUUGCAGGUGGCAACCAUACUCGGACUCGAGUGAUUUUCAAGAUAACGUUGCCAUGGUCUUAAUCAUUCUUUUUUGCGCUUUAAUCUGCUCUGUGGUUCUCAACGCCGUCAUCCGCUGCUUCUUACGAGGGAAUUACAGCGGAAGCCGCCGCUCUCGGCGUUCAAGCAACGGCAGUCACCUUCCUCAAACCCAACAAGUGCUUGAGCAGAGGAAGCCUGUCACGGAGGCGGGUGUAGCACGCAUGUCGGUGGCUCCGACUGUGGUUUAUUCGAAUGGGAUGAAGCUUGCCGGAGCGGAGGGUGUACCGGAAUGUGCUAUUUGCUUGUCGGAAUUCGUGGAAGGCGACGGAAUUCAAGUGUUGGCUAAGUGUAAACAUGGUUUCCAUGUACAAUGUAUUCAACGGUGGUUGGCUUCACACUCUUCUUGUCCCACUUGCCGUUCUAUUUGUCUUCCUCCGUCGCCGUCACCGGAAGAAACUACCCGUGAAUGCGUUGGAGACGGUUCCCAACCGGUGGUGCCGGACCCGGAACCGUAGCAGCUUUGGUUGCUCUUCUUUAUACUGUAUGUAUUUAACAUGUUCAAAAGCUUUAACCUCUUUUUUUUUUUUGUUAAUUUGUUUUUUCUUUCAAAGAUUAUUUCUCUGUAUUUAACAUAUUCAAAACUUUACUUUAAGAAUUGAAGAACAUAAACUGUUGCAAUCA